AUGGCGAAGAAACGCAAGGCUCCGUCGUCGCGAUCGCAAGAUUCCAAGCGAGAAACCGAACUGGACGCCCGGGACGCACGUAAAACCAUCAACACCUUCGAAGAUGUUGCCGACUCGGACGAUGAAUUUCGCAUGAACCAGGAUGAGAUUCUUCUCGGUGAAGGGCCUCAAGCGAAACGCCAACGGAAAUGGGCGGAGGAAGAGGAAUUCUUGGAGCCGUCAGAUGAGGAAGUCCUUGGAUAUUCAGAUGAGGAACAAUCGGAUGUGGAAGCGGCGCCACCAAAGAAGUCGAAGAAGAGGAGACAAUCGGAGAGCGAUGCUUCAGACAAUGGCCGCGGCAUUGCUGAAGACGAAGAGGAAGGGCUGGGAUGGGGGACUUCCAAAGCUGAUCUGUAUGGAGCGGACGAGAUCGAAACAGAAGAGCAAGCUCUUGAAGAGGAGGCGGAAGCCAUCCGAUUGCAGAAGAAACAGCUGGAAUCGAUGAAUGCUGCAGAUUAUGGAUUUGACGAGGCAGAGUGGCAACAAGGUGAUGGUACCAAAGGCGAUGAUCAGGAGGACGAGAACGAUGGCGUUGUCACGGAGGUCUUACCUCAGCUCCAGAUUGAUCCCAAUAUGACUCCCACCGAAAGACUACAGCUUCUGCGGACGCGAUACCCCGAAUUCGAUUUGCUCAGCAAGGACUUGCUGGAUCUGGAGGCUACUCACACCCAACUUACGGAGGCCGCGCAGUCCUCCACGGUUACGCGAGUCAAACUCCGAGCUGCAUCUGCUUACAUGGGGGCGUUGAUCAUGUAUUUCUGCCUCUUCACUUCGACAGCAUCAUCGAAGAAAGGAUCUGCAGUAGCCAUGUCUGCAACGUCUCUGCGCGAUCAUCCCGUCAUGGAAAGCUUGGUCAAGUGUCGAGAGGUUUGGUCGAGCGUGAGCCAGUUGCCGGACGACGGGGAUGAUUCUGGAUCUGAUUCUGAAGGAGCGCAAUACGAGGAAGGAUCAGCAUCGGACGUUGGAUGGGAUCAGUACAAUCCAUUACCAGUAGCGAAGAGUCGGGCAGAGCGUCACACCGAAGCAGCACAAGCAGCGAGCGAGAAGCGGAAAGCAGAGCGCAUGAAGCGUACAGAAGCCAAUCUGGCGGAUCUUGACGAUUUGAUAGCGCCUUCCAUCGACGGCAAGGUGUCAAAGAGCAAGAAAUCCGCACCGCCCCUCGACAGCGACGACUCCGACUUGGGCGAAGAAGCCCCUCUCACCGAGAAGGAAGCCGCGGAGAAAGCCAAGCGAAAGAAGAGUUUACGCUUCUACACCUCACAGAUUGCGCAAAAAGCCAACAAACGAGGGGCUGCUGGGCGGAACGCUGGAGGCGAUGAUGACAUUCCCCACCGCGAGCGUCUCCGCGAUCGACAGACACGUCUCAACGCCGAAGCAGAGAAACGCGGUAAGAAAGGAGCAGAGAUCGGCUCGGACCUUGGCGGAGACAGCGAUGAAGAGGACAAACAACAAGCGCAGCAGAUUCGCGCACACGCCGACGAUGACGAGUACUACGACAUGGUGGCCGCACGCACUUCGAAGAAGAAGAGCGACAAGGCGGAGUUGGCAGAGGCGCAACGCCAGGCGGCGAUGCAAGGAGGACAAGUCGUGCGGGAGGAAGUUGUGGGCACCGACGGCAAGCGGAAGAUCAACUACAUGAUUGAGAAGAACAAGGGCUUGACGCCGCAUCGGAAGAAGGAUGUCAGGAAUCCUAGAGUGAAGAAGAAGAAGAAGUACGAGGAGAAGAAGAAGAAGUUGGCGUCGAUGAAGCCGGUGUACAAGGGCGGUGAGGGAAGAGGGGGGUACGGGGGAGAAUUGACGGGUAUCAAGAAGGGCCUGGUGAAGAGCACGAGACUGUGA